UUUUGAAAGCUACCUAUCCCAUCUCCAGUAAGCCAAAUAUAAUGGACCAGAGAUUGAUUGAAGCGGCUAGGAAUGGAGAUAUAGAAGGUUUAUAUGUAUUACUUGGGGAGGAUCCUUUCAUCCUUGAGAACAUCGAAAAGAUUCCAUUUACUAAUACUCCUUUACACUGGGCUGUGUUGUCUGGUCAUACCUGUCUUGUGGAAGAAAUUAUAAAUUUGAAGCCUUCUUUCACUUUGAAGCUAAACCAAGACGGAUACAGCCCCUUGCACUUAGCUUCAAGAUCUGGGCACCUAGAGAUUGUGAAGGUGCUCUUGAAAGAAGAAAGUGGACAAGUUUGUGGUCUUGGUAACCUGAAAGGCAGAGAGAAGAGGACUCCUCUUCAUUGUGCAGCUAUUGCUGGAAAAGUCGAUGUGUUGAAACUAUUGCUCCUCAAUUGCCAAAACUCCAUCAAAGCUUUAACUGUUAGAAAGGAGUCCGCUCUUCAUCUGGCUUUGAAAUUUGGUCAGGUUGAAGCCUUCAAAGUAUUGGUGAAUUGGCUGGAGAAGCAUUGGCAGAACGACAUUCUAAGUUGGAAAGACAAUGAAGGGAACACUGUCUUGCACCUUGCUACCUCAGGAGGACAAUAUGAGGCAAAACCACACACCUUCAUCCCUCCCUCUUCUUCAACGAAAAUGGGUCAGCUGCUGAUUGUACUGAGUCAGCUUCCAAAACCUAUCCUUUUUGUUUUCAAAUAUACCCUUCUUUAUCUUUGUAAUGGUAGAAGGUGGGACAGGUGUUAGAUGCUGACUCGUACAAUCAAGGCAGAUCGAUCUUAU